AGCGCGCUACCAGCGACAGUGAGUGUACCACGGCGAUCGCGGUUUAGUGAUCGUAGUACUUUAGUACGGGACGGCAACGAAUUGCGCAAGGGAACGAUCGUGACAGGGAACUCGUGUACGUUACGUACGCACAGAGUGCGUACAAAACCGCGCCCACAAUUCGGAUCUAGAGCCGUGUCUGCAGGCGAGUGCCGGUUUUUUUUCGCCGAUCGCGUCGCGUCGCUGCUUCUUACGACAAGGAGAUUUAAUAAGAUCCUUGAUACGAUCCAUCGAUCGGCGUCGUUUGCCGUUUGGUGAUCUAAGAGAGGGGCAGGAGGGGGGGAUCUCUGAGUGACGCGGGAUUAUACUUCGGGCGAUUCGGUUUUCGAAUCAAUCUUGACGCGUACCUGCAGUAACGGCUGCUCCGAAAAGAAAAAAAAAUGACCGCGGUAUAUUCGUUUGUGAUGAAAAACGAGAGGGAUUCGGAGCGCGAAUAACGGCGGCGUUACGCUUCCAGUUCGUUGUUCGUUUGUUUCCUCGCGCAUAAAAAAGUUACCGCUAGAAUUCGAAUUCCGCGUCUUAGGGUGAUCGCGAAUAGUGCAAGUGUUGCGGAAGAGAGACAGUUUUAUUUAUCACGAAGAUACGAACGAGCAUCAAAUGUUCCUUUAUACAGAUAAUAUAUGCCUUCGAAGCUCGUGUCUAAGUUUAUACUCAGUGUGAAAAUAUAACAUAAUUACGCGAUAGUGAGCAAACAGAAAGAUGUCUAACGCAUACGGAUCGUCGAAUGACACAUCAAGGAUUAGUCGGCGAUAAGACUGGAUGAUUCCUUGCGUGAAGCAAAAACUUGAUCUCGACAUGAGUGCCUGUCACGGAUCGUUCUACUGUGUAUACCUGGUCGUAUAAUGCUCAAUUGGAAUAUGUGUUCAUUUAUACGUGUAAUAUCGAGAAAUCGCACGAUGAAAUAUUGUAAUGACGCCAAUUUUAUCCCAAUGUUAAUUGUUUGAGACUUUUCCCGCUCGCCGAUAGCGAAUAAAGGACAACAAAGAGGCAGGCUACGUCUCUUUGAUAAAUUCUAUACAGUGACAUAUAAUAAACCGAUGAUUCGAACCACUUGACGACAGAAGUAUGCGCCGAAAAAUGCAUUGGUUAGGCAUUUCGCUGCCGAUUCUGGCCGUCAUAACCGGAGUCCGGUUAGACGACAGAUAUGAACAAACGUCCAUUUAUUAUACGGAACCGACUGUGCUGCUGAACAAUAGCGUGAUGAGCAAUAAUGGCGGUCUACAUGAAUUGCACGGUGGUCGCGUUGUUCGGGGUGAAAGGAUACUGCCGAUAUCGAAGAGUCCUUAUUUGCUGCGCGAGGAUCUGUUCAUCGAAAGAGACGGCAAGCUCGUCAUAGAACCUGGUGUGGAGAUACGCUUCGCUCCGAUGAUCGGCAUCACCGUUCGCGGUAUCAUAAGUUCAAAGGGAAUUCAAAUAUUAAACUGAUUAUUCAAAAAUGGGACAAAUAAAUGCUC